AUGAACUUCGACUCGGGGACCGCCUAUGCGGAGUCAGAUGCAGACGACGAGUACGAGAGAGAUAUCCAUGGCAGCUCGCCCAUAGCCACCGACGUGGAGAACUCCCCGAUCGACUCCGACCCGCCAUCAGCCGAGCACACACCCACCACGUACGGCUACCGCUCCAGCGCCGACAGGCUACCCGAAACUAUCAUAUCCGAGUGGACCGCCGAAGAAUGCGCCGAUUUCAUUGCCAGCAUAGGCGUGCAACAAUAUGCAGACAGGUUUAUAGAAAAUGACAUCGUCGGCGAAGCCCUCGUGGCUCUGCAGCAUGAGGAUCUCAAAGCCAUGGGGAUCACUAGUGUUGGACACCGUCUGACCAUCCUUAAGUCGGUUUACGAUGUCAAGAAGGCACAGGACGUUCCCAUCGAACCUGAUCACUAUAUGCCGCCAACUGCCGAGACACAAGCACAGUCGUCAAAUGCGACACUGAAGGAUAUUAAGCACCUCGUGGAACAGCUGCGCCUUCGAGACGAGCGGAUGGCAUUAUUUGAGCAGGAUCUCCGAAGAUUAACUGAGGACUUCAGGAGGUUGCGGGAAGACAUGCUGCCCGCAUUACGGCUGGCCAAAAACGCCCAACAACCGCUGCCAACGCUCAACAACGGUCAGACGUACGAGAGCACGCUUUCGCCCCCCGCGCCCACACCAUCAACAGCAGGUCAGGGCAGUGCAGGUUUGAACCGCCAGUACUCCACCAAGAAGAUUAUGCUGGGAACCACACCCAAGGCCACAUCUCCAACCCACCUGCAAACGAGCCACGACCGGUCCAUCGUCGAACAGACGCUCGAUCCCUCGAGCGCCGCCGAAAGAGCCGUUCUCUCCUCGUCCCAUCUGGCCGCUAUGAACGGGAAUGCGGGCAGCUCCUCGUCGCCCUCGUACCCUUCUCCCAACAUGCCAUCCCCAACCUCUCCGCCCACCGGAGGCAUGAUGACCGGCACCACGCUUGGCGCGCGCUCCUACCGCGGCGAGCAAACGACACCUUCAAGCCGCUCCACCUUUACCUCGAACGAUCAUUACAGCCAACCACAGAGCGGCACCGCCCCGCGCAGGAUGCAGACGCCCGCCCCAGAAACGCCAGGCGCAAGCAGCAACGCCUCGGUCGAGAUCUUCAAGUCCUUCCGCGUCAGCAUGGAUGACCCGUGCUACAAGGUCCUCCCCGCCGCGCUCAAGAAAUACCAGAUCAACGCGCCGUGGGACCAGUACGCGCUGUAUAUCGUCUACGGCGAUCAGGAGCGGUGCCUGGGGUUGGACGAGAAGCCUCUGAUAUUGUUCAAGCAGCUGGAUAAGGAGGGCAAGAAGCCCAUGUUCAUGCUCCGGAAGACGGCGCCUCCCGAUGGCGGGGCCGGCGAGGCGCCUGGGAGUGCGGGCCUAGCCGGCGCCUCGGCGAGAGGAGGCACCGGGACGGGCUAUGACCCGCCGGGAGGCAUCAUUUAG